CCUAAAAUCUGAUGUCAUUCCUGUCUGUUGAAAGCUGCUCGAAUGUGGAUUUUCACAGAAUAAAUCAAUAAAUAAGACUGUAAUUUAGUUGUAAUUAGUGAAAAUGGAGUUAAAUGAUGUUAUAGUCAACCAGCCCGUCGUUAUAGAUAACGGCUCCGGCGUCAUCAAAGCGGGCUUCGCAGGCGACCAGAUACCAAAAUGCAGAUUCCCGAAUUACAUUGGCCGACCAAAGCACAUCCGAGUAAUGGCUGGCGCGCUGGAAGGCGAAUUAUUCGUUGGACCGCGCGCCGAGGAGCACCGAGGGCUGCUCAGCAUCAAGUACCCUAUGGAGCACGGUAUUGUCACCGAUUGGAAUGAUAUGGAGCGAGUGUGGAACUACAUUUAUAGCAAGGACCAACUGUCAACAUUCUCCGAGGAACACCCCGUCCUUCUAACGGAGGCGCCCCUCAACCCUCGCAGGAACAGAGAGAAGGCUGCUGAAGUCUUCUUCGAGACAUUCAAUGUGCCAGCCCUGUUUCUGAGCAUGCAGGCCGUGCUGAGUUUGUACGCCACAGGCCGCACCACAGGCGUGGUUCUCGACUCCGGCGACGGCGUCACUCACGCUGUACCCAUCUACGAAGGCUUCGCCAUGCCGCAUUCCAUCAUGAGGGUAGACGUCGCGGGCAGAGACGCCACCAGAUACUUGAGACUUCUCCUCCGGAAAGAAGGUGUGAACCUCCGCACCUCAGCCGAGUUGGAAAUAGUGAAGGCGAUCAAGGAACGCGCGUGCUACCUGUCCCCCAACCCGCUUAAAGAAGAGACGCUGGACACAGAGAGGGCGCAGUACACUCUACCUGACGGGACGCAAUUAGAGAUCGGUCCAGCUCGAUUCCGGGCACCAGAGGUGCUGUUCCGACCUGAUCUCAUCGGCGAGGAGUGUGAAGGUCUUCACGAGGUCCUAAUGUUCGCGAUCCAGAAAUCCGACAUGGACCUCCGUAAAGUUCUCUAUCAGAACAUAGUGCUCUCCGGGGGCUCCACUCUGUUCCGAGGCUUCGGAGACCGCCUGCUGGCUGAAAUUAGGAGACUGGCGCCUAAAGACAUGAAGAUUAGGAUCUCAGCGCCACAAGAGCGCCUGUACUCCACAUGGAUCGGGGGUUCGAUUCUGGCCUCGCUCGACACUUUCCGCAAGAUGUGGGUCUCUAAACGAGAAUACGACGAAGAGGGCCACCGCGCCGUGCAUAGGAAAACUUUCUAAUCACACUACUCGACGACAGGUGGCGCUAGUAGUCUUGAAUAUCUUUGUAUGCUAUUGGAUGAUAGGUGUCGCUAGUAGUACUGACACUUGACAAAUUAUGCCAAUCGUUUACUAUCUGUAUCGAAUGAUUCUCAACUGUCUCUGUCUAAUUAACCCCCGACGCAAAAACGACAGGGUGUUAUUGUCUGUCUGUCUGUGGCAUCGUAGCUCCCGAACGGAUAAACCGAUUUAGAUUUCAUUUUUUCCUGUUUGAAAGCUGAAUUAAGUCGGGCGUGUUCUUAGCCAUGUUUCAUAAAAAUCGGUCUACUAUGUCGCGGUCGGGGUCUUUUUCAACAUUUUAAUUUUGUGGUUAGGUUAUUUUGAUUAUAAGACUAUUACUCACCUGAUAGAUAUUCCACUAAUUCUCACGAAGCUUUUCUACAACGCACUGCCAAGGAGUGGAAUUCCUUGUCGGUGGCUAAAUUUCCCAGCUCAUGCUACCCAGCAACCUUCAAAUCAAGGGUGAACAGGUACCUUCUGGGCAAGCGGGCUCCAUUGUAGGUCACAUCUUCGCCUCGUCUAAUCUGUAGCCUUGAAUAAACUCAUAAUAAAUAAUAAAAAAACUAACAUUGCCAUAUAAACACGUCAAGUUUUGGUACUACUAGCGCCAUCUACUGGUGAGUGGCUGAAAACGGCAACUAUAUAAUGUUGGCUGAUGUUAUAAUUUUAACUAUUUUAAUAAAAGACAUUCAGUGCAAUCGUAUUAAACUAGAGCAGGCAUGUUUGUCUUACCAAUAUUAAAGAUAUGAGAUUGUUUAACUUAUAUGUCCAAAUGCUUAUUAUGCACAGGCUAAUAUGACAGUAAAUUCACCGUAGAGGGUAUUAUUGCAAUGUUCUGCCGACAGAGGGUAGCACUAACACAAAUUGGAAACUAUUAAUGCCUUAACAGUUUUGCAAGUUUUUAUAGACUAUUUAUUCCUAACAAAUAUAAAUAUAUUAAGGUGAUUUGCUUACUAUUUGCGUUAGUGGCGCCUCCUGCGCAGAAUUUUGCAUAUUUCUAUAUUGGCUUAUUAUAUUCAUCAUAUUAAACUCGAAGAUAUAAACAUUCGUAGCUAAGAACUGAACAAAUGUCUUAAAGUGCUACUUCAAAAUCACUGAGGCUUUUUAUAGCUGUGACUAAGUUGGUAUACUUUGGCAAACCAAUUAUGUCAGUCUAAAAAGUGCGAAUGAAAUGUUUGCGCAACCGACUGCCAGAGUAUAAGCUUAAUAUGACGUCGUUCCAUGUUUAAAUUAAAAAAAAACACUACUUAACUUUAUUUUGGCGAUAUUUUUAUACUAAUAUUAAAAUUGGCAUUAGGAAUCAUAUGAUGUAUAUUACUUAUAUAAAAGAGUAAAAUAUUACUUAUAUCUCUACAUAACAUCAUUAUAAAUGUUUAAAAAACUGCUAAAAUUAUGUGCUCACUCUUUCUUUGCAAAUAUGUGAAUUAUAGUAUCUUUAGUUAGUUAUAAGCAUGGAUUUUUAGUAUUUAAUGUUAAAUGCAUUUUUGUAUUUGAAUUAAAUUAUUUUUUCUCGAA